GCGACAUUUUUUUUCAGGUUGAAGUUUGUUCACGAGACCAGUUUUAUCCAUUUGGGAGAUUCCCUAGAGCAGACUUGGUUCGUGCUGUUCUCAUGUUCUAUUUACUAUAUUUAAAGUUAAUAAAUGCUCAUGGAUUAUUUAAAUUUCUAUUUAGGGUCUGUGUACCCAUGUAUGCCUCAUGUGGCAAAUGAACAUUUUAAAUUAUGUUUCCGCUGCAAUCUAGUAUUUUAUACUAGUUAAUUGGCUACUUAUAAUUUACCUUAUAUGAGUAUUCUUAGUGUGAUUGAUAUACACAAUAGCCUUGCAUUACCUAACGAGAAUAGUCUGCGGAUAUUCACGAAGGGUUGUGCGGCGGUUGCCACGUCAUCGGGUCGGUCCGGGGCGUGACAAUUAAGUGGUAUCAGAGCAACCCCGCGACAGUGUGAUGACCCGUUGGAUAUCGGGCGGGCUCUUAGCGGGGGAAGAUUCUGGGAUUUGAUUGAGAUUUGAGAUUGGUUCAUGGGCGCAACGAGGACGUUGCGAUCCUAAGUGGGGGUGAUUGUAACACUUGAGAUUUAAUAUAAACGGAUUAAUAGUACUACUCAUACCAACAGAGGUGCAUCUCCUUUUAAAGGAGCUCAUCACCCAAGAACUCCAAAGUUAAGCGUGCUUGCACGGGAGUAGUCUUGGGAUGGGUGACCCCCUGGGAAGUUUCUCAGGGCGCGCAUGAGUGAGGACAAAGUGCGCGGUAAAGGCUUGUGGUGGUUUGUGGGGACAGUACUAUUGGUCCGGAGUAACUACCUCGGGUCUGGUGGGGCCGGGGUGUUACACAACUGCUCACUUAUCAAAGACAUCAUUAUCCUCUGACUACAGCAGCAGCCUCAUCACAGGCAGCAGACACCUCUGAUCAGGUAACUCCUUCACCCACUCUUCCUCUUAACCUUGAGCAGGCCCUUCACAAGAUAGCUGAGCAUGAAGAAUACAUCAAAAAUCUCAAAGAAAAGGAGUUUCCUGCAAUGCUCAAACUCUCACACAAGUUCCUCAUAGAGCAGCAAGCUCAUGCUCACUCCUUUGAGCAACUAACUCAAGACAUUGCCAAGAACUUCACCACACUUCAGAAGAAUACUCAGGAGACAUUCUGGAAGCAGAGCAGUGAUAUCCAAAGACUAGCUCAGGAGAUAGAAGAAUCCAAGAAGAUUUUGAAGAAAGUACAAGAAGAGGUGCACAUUGACAUCAAAACUGACCUCCAAGACGUCAACAACAUCCUCAACGCGCUAUCUAUGGCCUCAAGGAGAGAAAAGACAACUCAGAUGACAAAGUUGGAGAACUCUUCAAGGAGGCUCAGCAGGCAGAUGAUGCCAAAAAGGGAGAAGACACCUCAGCAGGACCCUCCUCGAAAAGACAGAUGGCAGCAAAGAAGGCAGCUGAAACUAGAAGGAAAAAUAAACUACUACAAGAAGAGGCUGAAAUCAGAAAGAGAAAGGCAGAAGAAGCCAUGGCCAAAGAUGAAGCCAAGAAGAAAGAAGAAGACCAGUAGCCUCAGUAGAUUUAUUGAACAGUCCGAGAAUGACUACAAACUACUGUAAAAGCAAAA